AGCUAUGCAUAGAUACGACAGCACGGACAGUUUGGGAGACCCCAAUGAACGGCUGAUGGAACACCUCACCGAGGGCGGUAUUACCAUACUCAAACAGAUGGACAGGAAAAAACACCCUCCUCCUCUGGAGGAGAAGAGAUACCCGUUCCCUACUAAGCGCAUCCUCCUAACCCGUGACCCCAAAGACCGUUCUUACAGAGGUAACAGUGUUGGCUUGAAGAUCGUUGGUGGUAAAUUCAUCCCUGGGACUAACGAAGUUGGCGCUUACGUUGCCAAAAUUUACCCCGGCGGUGUCGCCCAUCAGCUACAUGGAGAAUUACAAGAAGGUGAUCACAUACUGGAGUGGAACGGAAUCCCUCUCACUGGUAAAACGUACGAAGAGGUCCAGAAAGUAGUGUCAAUUCCAAAUGGAGAGAUAGAUAUCGUGGUGAAAGUUGGGAGCAAUCUCCUAAGCCCGGAGAAAUCAGGCACUAUCUCCAGCAGUCAGUCUUCCUACGACAAUCUCGAGUUUGUCAGUGCGGACGACUUGGAUAACCUGGACAACUACGUCGUUAUGCACAAAGACCCUCCACCGAAACGCGGCGUGGACCCAAAGACUCUGGCGGCCCACUUGGAGGGUGCAAAAGAGAGAACGUCCUCCCCGGCCGUCUCCCCUUCGUCCUCCCACCCCGAGGUUUUCCUGACCCCCAGCGCUUCCACGCCUUCACCGCUGUCAGACGUGCCGGAGACUUCGAAACAACCAAAGAAGCAACGGGGCGGCAACAGCGGAGAAAAGCGGUACUUGGGGGAUCUGCAGCUGCAGCUCAGUUACGACAACCGUGACCAAUCUCUUAACGUCCAUAUCAUUCAGGCUCGGAACCUUCUGCCAAAAGACAGACUGACCGGCUGCUCGGAUCCUUUCGUCAAGGUGUAUUUGUUACCGGACAGAAAUUCAGAGAACAAACGGAGGACGGAUUAUGUUCGGAAAACGCUGAAUCCACAAUGGCACCAGAGUUUCGUCUUCUUUCAUCUCCCGAGGGAAGAACUACCGCAGAGGACGCUGGAAAUUACCGUCUGGGACUACGACAGGUUUAAGCCUAAUGACUUCUUGGGAGAGGUGCUUUUAAGACUUUCUAAUGAACGUUACCUUGACAACAAACCACACUGGUACACUCUUCAUCCUCACAUGGAAUCUCACAGCUCGUUACCAACCUCGCGAGAUUUAAAACAUCAAAACGAGAGAGUGAGGUCAAGAUCACGGCCGCGACCAGAACAGCCUAAAGGUGACAAUGUAAUGCCUAGAUCUGCGAGUCAGCCUCCAUCUCGUAGGAACGACCGGAUGAGAAUGGCUAGAAGAGCCGGCUCGUUGGAGGAAGAUGACGAUGACUACGAAGGCGAGGCACGCUUUCUGCGGUUCGAGGCGCCACCCCCCUCCUCCACCCGGUCGUCUCCGAUACCCCAUACUAAAGUUCACCCUCCUGAUCUAGACUCACCGAUGUCGGACAAAACGCACUAUG